AUGUAGCAUUAAUAGCAUGAUGAAGAAGAAUAAAAAAGCAGUGCAAGUGAUAUUCAUGCUUUGUUAGAGAAAUUCGAAUGCACAGUUUGUUUAGAAGUUGCAAAAGAACCUGUUGUCACAGAAUGCGGUCAUUUAUUUUGCUGGCCAUGCAUUUAUAAGUGGUUGAAUUAAAAUAAUGAGUAUUUAGUAUGUCCAAAUUGCAAAAAUGGAAUUAAAAAAGAACUAAUAAGACCUCUUUAUGCUCGUAAUGAAGAUGAUACCCACCAAAAAUAGAGAGAUUCAAAUAUACCUAAAAGAGCAUUACCUCCUCGUUAAAUCCCUUAAAAAAAUUAAAAUCACCUUGGAGGAAGAGUCUCUUCAGCAAAUUUAUCAUUAGGAGUAAGCUUUGCAGGUUAUGGAUACUUCCCAUCUUUGUAUGGCUUGUUAAAUCAAUAUAAAAAUAACAUUACAGAUCAGUUGGAGUCAAAUGUUUCUCCGGAAGUUGCAAAGCAACCGUUUUUAGAAAGAUUCUUUUACAUUUUGUGCAUAUUAUGUAUUUUAUUUUUAGUUUUUUGUAUGUGA